UGUCAUAUUUGUGACUUAAGUGUUCAGAUGUAAACAUAAUGUAAAAUUUUCAGUAAAAAUGCAACAGUUUAUAGAUAGCUCCACGCCAGACUUCACGAAUUUUCCGAUUUAAUGGGCCACUACAACUUGAUUGACAUAGCAUUCUCUCAAGUCCAUGACGAUGACCUGCCUGUGGUGAAAAUUAUUGAAGAUACGCUCAGUGGAGACGAGGAUGAUGAUUCUCUAAAUUGGCCUUUGGUUGUGCAUCUCAGUGAAAAAGAGGCUAUAAGGCUAAAAACGUUUUUGGAGGAGACUCCUCAGGCAGUAACUAUUAUACAACAAGACUCGUUGAUACUUAUCCCCCAGCAGUCUGAUGCUGUCGAAUCACUAAGCUCAUCGCGUUUGCCCCCUCACAAGGUAACAGACCCAAAUGCCGCGAAGAACCGAAAAUGAUUAAUAUAUUUAGCAUAUGUAUUGGAGCUACGCUAUUUCUAGAAUUGGUUGCGGUGAUCGCAUUGUUAAAACCUUUUCAACAGCCAUGUUUCUUGAGGGAUGCUUACCUUAAACUUAAAACUAAAUUUCCCCAACCGCCUAAAAUAAUUGCGUUACUUCUAACUGCUAUAUUUUUUGGUACUAUAUUAGAGCUCUCUUGGGAAAGCACUGACCAUCGUCAUAUCCUUUUAGACGUCCAUAACACUAAUCUCAUUCUUCAAUUUUAUGGUAGUAAAGUGUCACUAUGCUAUACUUGUUUCUUCAUGCAAGCCUAUCUCUUCUUUUUGAUCGAAUGGCUUGUUAGUUUUUCAAUAAGAAUUGCUCGACUCUUAGAAUUUGAGCUUAUGUGCAGACAUGCCGUUUUAACUAGAGACGAAACCACGCAGAUUUCUAACACUACAGUUAUUACAACAGAUGUGUAUUCGGCUUCGGUUAGUCGCCCUUUUCCAAAAAUAAACCAUCUAGUACUAAACAAUGCGAUCACCAAAUCCGUAGAACUACCAUUUAAUUAUUAAAUAUUUGCAAAGGUACAUUUUACAAAUUACUUAAAUCUUUUAACAAAAUUGAAAAGCCAUGAAAUAUAGACAUUUUAAAACCAUGCAGUACAGUUUGAAAAAGUCCGAUAGCAGAUUGACAGGCUAACACCACAAAAGAAUAAAAUGACGAAUUUCCAAAUUCACAAAACGAAUGCUUGUCAUGACAUUGUCAGUAGACUGUCACAAAUAUAGUGAAAUACAAAUGCACAAAAAAUAGGAAAAGUGUACCAAGAAGAAAAAAACACAGUUAACGUAACAAUGCCAUAGAAACAAUUUCUCAACCACACCAGAAUAUUAACACCAGAAAGAUGGAUGCCAGCUGUAUUAUCCUGAGCUGCUUGUUGAUGAUCCAAAUGGCCAUGGUACUGACUAUGCUGAAUCCUAUCUACGACGUGACGAAGCUGACGCAAUUCAUAAAUGACGUGACUAAGUCAUACAGGCGAACAUACUUGUUCUCCAUCGCCUUCUAUUUUACAUCUGUUCUGUAUCUGGGAAUGUACAUUCCUCUGCAGAGUAUUCACAAACUGAUAUUCACCGUUAACCUUCAUGAAUACGACAAGUUGACUCUGCUGCAUAAUGUGGAGAAGAACUACCUUACUGCUGGUUUCUCCCUUUUCCUGGUCGUUGUGAUAUACGGCGUAAGAGCACUACUUUCUUACACUGCCAGCUUAAGUGUCCUUACAGAGAAGGAAAGUCACCAUUCAGUGGACUGCUCCAAGGAAAAGACUGCAAAUAAGUUAAAUAGCAAUCUCUUACCUAAACUGCUGAGAGUAAAGAGAUCAAUAUCAUAUGAAACAGUUUUUUUCACAAACGAACUGAGAGAACAACUCAAACUUAUUAUCAGGAACGUGGAUUUUCCCCAUGACAAGACCGCACUCUCUAGUCUCCUUGGAGUAAACAGAAGUUCUAGCCUGUGAUAAUAAUUUUCUCAAUAAAUUUUUUGUUCAUA